GCUGAAGUUUGGACUCCACCUCCAGGCAGAAUGAGACUCAGCCUAGCAGCCCUGCUCCUCCUGCUGGCCAGCUGCCUCGCUCCAGGCCACGGAAUCCUGGAGGCCAAUUACACAAACCUAAAGUGUAAAUGUUCCAAAACGAUCUCAAGACCUGUCCAUCCAAACAUCAUAGAGCGGAUUCAAGUCACACCUCCUGGGAAUGGCUGCCCAAAGUUUGAAGCCCUGAUCUUGACUAGGUCUAAGAAAAUUCUAUGUGUGAAUCCUCAAGACAGAUGGUUCCAGAUGGUACUCAAAUUUAUGCGGAAAAAAGCUGUAUCUUCAACUCCCCCAGCUCCAGCGAGUAGAAAAAGGAUCACCUGAAGGCCCUGUCCCCCAAGGAACACCUGCACCCUCCUCCAUCCCUGCUCUGAAUUUUAGUUGUGCUCUUAGUUGAAGAAUUUCCAAGAAAAUAAAUUCCUUUUACAAACAAACAUGACUGCGUGUAAAGACAGCCCUGCAGGAUUAUACUCAGCCUCCAUCCUUGUUCCUUAAUGAGGGUUAUUUGAGGAUGGGUGCUUAGUAACACCCACGCGUUUGGUAAUAGACCUGUUGUUUAAUGUCAAACUGUCCUAGGUUGUAGGGUAUUAACAAGAAAUGUAUGGGGUAUACUUCCCUCGCUUCACCCCCUUAAGGAAGGCGGGUUUUCCAAAUGGUCUUCAUAGUUUGCUGGGCAGCCGAUGCCGUUCCAGCUGAACACGAUGCAGAGUAGUUCAUUAGUGAAAAGCCUCAUGAAGAAAAUAGAGCCCUUCUACUUUUAAAGGUUUCUUGUAUACAAUUUAUUGUAUCAGAUUAAACCCUGUAACAUUGAAAGAUCCUAGGCUUAAAAUUCCAGGCUCUCCAGGAGUAUACAAACACAUUCAUUUACA